UACUUCAAAAGUUGAGUAAACAACACAACAUACAAGUGUUGAAAUCCUGUGAAUCAGAUCUACACUUAAUUAUACAUGUACAAUCUAGGUGUUCUCUAUGAAUUUAUACAUGACUUAAUUUUCCUAAAAUAAUGUCUGAUGAUAAUGAAGGACAUGAUACAAACAAUGGAUGCUUCCACCGACUAUGGCAUAGAUUAGGACGUUGUCCAGACUACUGCCAACAGUUAGGCAGAUAUGUGUGUAGUUGUGUGUUUUGUUUACCAUGCAGCGACUGUAUAUUUAAUAUGUGCUACAAGUACAACUGUAAAAACUGCUGUACUUCCAAAAAGGAUUCAAAACAUGAAAUUGAAAUCGAGGCUGGUACAAAAACUGAAAGUGGAGAUGAAAGUUCUGAUGUAGAAUCAAUUAAAAGUAAGGAGGACACAAGAACUGCCAAAAGUGAUCCAAAUAUAAUAUGGACAGUGGAAGAUUUUUCAACUUCAACUCCUGAAACACAAAUAUCAAGACAUGCAAGAACAAAAUCAAUGCCAAUGUCAAAAUCAUUGAGCGACUUGAAGCGUAACAAUUUCAAAAAUAUGACAAUAAGUUCAGAUCGAAAUUUGAGUGCUCACUCACUUUCAAUAGGAAGAUUAAAUGCAACAACUAGUGUAACAUCUCUAGAAAAUAUAUUUGUUACUGAAGGAUUUCGUCAAACAGCAGUGUAAAAUUGAUCAUGGAAAUAGAAUAUAUAAUUCAUGACUAAAAUCUUUUUUUUGUUGA